AUGGACGAUCCUAUCUUCCAUGGCCACGCAUUCGUGGUCGGCGACCUCUGGCGGGCACCAUCGCGAUUCUUGCAACCCCAUGAGCAGCAUGGCAGCAUUUUCGAAGCCCUGGACACAAAAACCACCCGUCUGGAUCUUCCACUGCCAGAAGAGGCGCCCCACUUUCUCUUCGAGACCGACCUGCCUGCGCUUCCGGAUCUAGAUGCGAUCGCAACGCUUCCGACUGAUGCUCAAGAAAACCCGCUUCUUGUUGAUAGCUCAGAGGGCGAGGACCUCGAUGUUUGGAAUCUUGAUCUUGUGGCUCUGGAACCGCCCGGAGAAUCAACCCUGCAUACCUGGGAAGCGUUUGAUGGGAAGUCUGUUGAAAACGCACAACGUACUGCCUUCGUAUCGGAAGCGGGACAAUCUGCUUUCGAUGCGCUCAACGGUCUCACCAACAAGGAAGGUGUACUGCCUCAGGGGUACACCCUGCGGUCCUUCUGCAGCCUAGCCCAUGGCCGGUCGUCAACAUUGUUCCAGUGGAAUGAGGAGAAUUGCCGUUUUCAGUCGGUUUUACCACACGUCUCUAUCUCUGGCGUCAGUCAGAUGUGCACAGAAAGCCUUGCCAACGACAUGAUGGAAAUGGGCACCUCCAUUGUGCGACUGCGGAAGUUUGGAGACGCAGCGUAUUCAAGUCGGCUCACUUGUUCCGCGGUAGUCGCGAUGCAGAAUAGCAUCGUCAGUGUACUCGAUGCGAUUGACGAGAUCGUGUGCUCGGAACUCCGAGCCGUCCGCUCGUUGCUACAACUUCAGAACUUGGUUUUUCGCCCACGACAGCUGCUCGCUGUACUAGUCUCUCUAGUGGAAUCCGCUCGGGACUGCAGGACGGACGAGAGCCUCAUUUCAGCUCUCUCGGAUCGCGUACACGCGCUUGUUCAGUCAAAUGGGGAGCAUGCUGCAGUUCUCCAAGCCUUUCUCGCUAGAGUCAGUGUGCCUUGGCUUGAACGCUUAUCGUUGGACCUUGGUCUGCGCAACAAUACACCUGCAUCAGUUGGCACCUCUUAUAGUAUGCAGGACGUCGAGGAUGUCACGAGAGAAAGGCACACAUUUCUUGAGGAGGCUGAAGUUGAACUCGUUCGGGAAACUAAGAUGGCUGUCAUACUGCUUCGAGAGCUAUCUCCAAAUCAUCCACUUCUGGGAGGAUCUUCCGCUACGUCUCCAUCCCUCGAAGACUUCACGGCCGUCCAGCCUGCCUUCGAAGUGGCACAGCUGUAUGGAGCACGAGUAAUGCCACAGCUGGUUGUCGGGAACGCCCCUACGAAUAGAUCAUCUGUGGGAGCGGUCUCUGAGGUGGAGCUCGAUGAACAUAGACUCAACGAACACAGACUCGACGAACAUAGACUCGACGAGGCAUCGCAAGAAGAUUACGUUGCUGGACUUGAAGGCCUGAUGUCGCAAGAGAUUGACAUCGGACGUCGACCUGCAGCAGAUGAACUGCACGAUCUUGUUGGCCUGGCUUGUCAUGCCAAGUUGGUCCACGACAAAGACCGGGAAUUAGACUUGUCGACAUGCGUCAAGUCGACACCUCUUGAACAGGUGCGACCAUUGAUUAGGACGCAAAAUCGCCUCUUAAAUGGGGUCCUACUCCGCCAAGUGCUCCGUGACUAUCACCUGCGCCAGCAAUUGAGCAUGCAGAAACAAUUCCAGCUAUUAGGAAGCGGCGAUUUCGUGACUCGACUCUCGACUGCACUCUUUAGUCUGGAUGUGCAAUCGGCAGAGCGGAAGCGAGGGGUCAUACCAACAGGACAGGUCAUGGGCUUACGGCUUGGCUCCUCGCCUGAGCAACGCUGGCCACCAGCGAGCUCUGAACUUCGUCUUACUUUAGCCGGUGUGUUAGAGGAAUCUCAAGGGUUAAAAACUGGGGUUCCUGGAAGUCGCGAGGACCGAACGGGUGCUCUCAGUUUUGCUAUAUGUGAACUGCCAGAGGAAGAGAUCGAUCGCGUUUUUGAUGUGCAUUCGGUGUAUGCGCUGGAUUUUCUGCGCCUGCAGUACGUCCCAACUCCACCACUGGACGCCAUCAUCACCCCGGAAGCUUUACAACAAUACGAUGUUGUGUUCCGCUAUCUCUUGAAACUUUUUCGACUGAUUGCUGUUGUAAAGAGUCUACCGAGAAGGAAAUUUGGCAGUCGCGGCGCCGCUACGAGUGAAAAGAUGAUCGCAUUCUGCAACGAAAGUCACCAUCUUGUCUCAGUCCUGAUGGCGCAUGCUAUGGAAUUGGGCAUCAAUGCGCCAUGGGAAGCCUUCGUGACUUCGAUUGGCCAGCUGGAGCAGGCGCUGGAAGACGAAGACGCUGCUGGCGAGAUUGGAACCAAAGCAACUGUCGGAAUCCAAGGGUUGAGGCAAAUGCACGAGGCUUGUUUGGAUCGCAUUCGUGGUAGACUCCUCUUGAAACGAAAGCACACCAAAUUGCGCGUUGCAAUCGAAGAAGUGUUCGCAGCGAUACUUCAGUUUGAGGCGAUUAUCUCCACCAGCGGCGGGAUGGAAACGUCGGCUUUUGAAGAGCAAUAUGCCAAUUUUCUGAAGGCCGGCUCGCAAUUGUGCGAAGUGCUACAACAGGUCGUUGAGAAGCCGCCAAAAGUCAUGUCUGCGGCGGAAWGUGAGGAUGCAGAUACGAUUCGGAUGCUGUUGCUGAAGCUCAACUGGAAUGACUUUUACCCGAGAGCAUAG